AUGAGGUUCACUUCUGCUUUCUUCGUCCUCGCCGCGGGCAUCGCGGCCGUCUCCUCCGCGCCUCUCCUUUCCGGUCCGAAAAACGCUCGCGCGCCGGCUCUCCACGAUGCCGUCGUGGCGCGCGCCGACUCGGCCUCGGCCUCGGCCUCUUCGUCUCUCGCGUCCGCGGUCUCGAGCGCGUCCGUGUCGUCGGCCUCCUCCACCGCCAACGUGACGGCGCCUCCGCCCCCUCCAGCAGCGAACGCCACGGCACCCCCGCCUCCUCCCGCCGCGAACGGGACGGCACCCCCGCCUCCUCCCGACGUCAACGGUACCGCACCCCCGCCUCCUCCGGCCGCCAACGGGACCGCGCCCCCGCCACCCGCCCUCAACGGGACCGCACCCCCUGCGGACAACCUCACGGCUCCCCCGCCGCCGGGCAACCGCAUUGAGCUGGGGCCUGCGCAGGGCAAGCUCGCGGAUCCUGCUGCUGCCGCCAACGGCACCGCUCCCCCUCCUCCUCCAGCGGCCAACGGUACCGCGCCUCCUCCUCCUCUGGCCGCCAACGGUACCGCCCCCCCUCCCCCUCCUGCCGCCAACGGUACUGCGCCCCCUCCUCCCCCGGACGUCAACGGUACCGCACCCCUUCCUCCUCCGGCUGCCAACGGUACCGCACCUCCUCCUCCUCCGGCCGCCAACGGCACCGCGCCGCCGCCUCCGACUGACACCGCGCCCCCUCAAGAGGCCUCGUCGACCGCGAUUGACACCACGACCACCGGUACCACCGCCGCCACGGACUCCACGGCCGCUACGAGCUCUGCAGCGGCCACCGGUACGGGCUCGGUCGCUGUCACCUCUGACGCCGCGUCCUCCUCCGCCGCCGCGACCGACGCUGCCAGCGCCAGGCGCCGUAGCUCCCGCCUCGGCCGCCGCCGUCUCUGA